GUGAGCAAAGUUAUCUUUUAUCUUUUGAGAGCACCUCUGACCUUUCUGGUCCAAGAACUCUUGGAGGCUUAGAAAUGUUUGGAGAAGUUGAAGUUUUUCUCUAGAGUGUAUUGGAUGUGCCAUUUUAGGGGUAGCCCAGGGUCUUCCCCCCCUCCCCCCCUGACUGCCUGAGAGGGAGCUGAGGGAAACCAUCAGCUGAAUUUCACUUGAUGAAGCUGUUGCUGAAGUCCUAGUUGUUCCUGCUGUUUGAAGCACUGGGUGCUCGUGAAUGGGCGAGAGUGUAGAGGAGCCUUGACUACUGAAGCAGCCCCAUUGCAUUAAGAGCAGGAAAGGAUCCUUCUCGGAAACACUUUGUACCAGAAGGGAACAAGGAAGAGGAAAUGAAAGCCAGACCCAAGUUCCCCGGGAGAGGAAGAAACAAUGCUGGAGAAACACUCCCGGUAGAAUAGGAGAGCAGGAAACCAAGGACCCGCUGCCCGCCGAUCCCAGCCCCAAAGGAGGCCCGGCCCAGGCGGGACUGUAAAGAGACCAGAGGAAAAAGAUUUGAUGGCCUCUUGGAUAGCUGCAGAGGCUUUAGUGGCCCCGAGGAAACGCGAUGAACACCUAGCUGGCCGCUGAGGGAUGGAGCGCUUCAUGGACUCAGGGACGCAGACGGAAGUGGUGGUGGUGCUCUCCUUGGCGCAGGCGGCCGUGCUGGGCCUGGUCUCGGAGAAUGAGCUCUUUGGUGCUACCAUAAGCCCCGAGGCCUUCUACCCGAUGCUGGGACAUGAGCUCUCCGACACGGCGGCGGUGGAGCCGGAGCCCCCCGACAACGACUACCAGCUGGAGUGCGCCGGGGCGGCGCCGGGGGAGCCUCCGGAGGAGGAGGUGCUGGAAGUCGAGGCGGCCUUCGAGAAGCACCCCCGCAGGAAGAAGCGCCCCCCGGUGAGGUUGGUGCCCAAGGUGAAGUUUGAGAAGGCGGACGAGGAGGACGAGGAGGAAGACGUGUACGAGGUGUCCGUGCCGGCCGAUGGCCGGCCCGAGGCUGCGGGAGAGCCCCCCGAGGAGACCGCUUGUGAGGGCAUGGUGCAGAGCAGCUCUGUCAAGAUGAUCGACCUCAGCACCUUCGGCCGCAAGUCCCGGCACUCCCGGCACCUGCAGCGGGCUUCCCGGCAGGAGCUGGACGGGGCGGCCUUCGCCCCCCACUUCCCAGAUCCCACUCCGGAAGGCUACCCUGAGCCUAACAUGGUGCUGACCCGGGCCGGGUCCGAAGCCCUGCGCCAGGAGUGCGGCUUCGAGCCCCACAUGACCUCCCUGAGCGACGCCGAGGCGCCCGCCCCCGAGUCGCCGGAGCCCGUGAAGAACGACCAGGCCUUCGUGUGGCAGGACCCCGCCGAGUUUGAGGCCGACCCCGCCGGCUCGACCGCCGACCACCACAAGAAGGCACAGCUGGACCGGCUGGACAUCAACGUGCAGAUCGACGACUCCUACCUGGUGGAGGCCGGCGACCGGCAGAAGCGCUGGCAGUGCCGCAUGUGUGAGAAGUCCUACACCUCCAAGUACAACCUGGUGACCCACAUCCUGGGCCACAACGGCAUCAAGCCGCACUCGUGCCCGCACUGCAGCAAGCUCUUCAAGCAGCCGAGCCACCUGCAGACCCACCUGCUGACGCACCAGGGCACGCGGCCCCACAAGUGCGAGGUCUGCCACAAGGCCUUCACGCAGACCAGCCACCUCAAGCGGCACAUGCUGCUGCACACCGACAUCAAGCCCUACAGCUGCCACUUCUGCGGCCGGGGCUUCGCCUACCCCAGCGAGCUCAAGGCCCACGAGGUCAAGCACGAGAACGGGCGCUGCCACGUCUGCGUCGAGUGCGGCCUGGACUUCUCCACCCUGACCCAGCUCAAGCGGCACCUCUCCACCCACCAGGGCCCCACCCUGUACCAGUGCCUCGAGUGCAACAAGUCCUUCCACUACCGCAGCCAGCUGCAGAACCACAUGCUCAAGCACCAGAACGUGCGGCCCUUCGUCUGCACCGAGUGCGGCAUGGAGUUCAGCCAGAUCCACCACCUCAAGCAGCACUCGCUCACCCACAAGGGAGUAAAAGAAUUCAAGUGUGAGGUGUGUGGCCGAGAAUUCACCCUGCAGGCCAACAUGAAGCGGCACAUGCUCAUCCACACCAGCGUCCGGCCCUACCAGUGCCACAUCUGCUUUAAGACCUUUGUUCAGAAGCAGACUCUCAAGACUCACAUGAUUGUGCAUUCCCCUGUGAAGCCCUUCAAGUGCAAGGUCUGUGGGAAAUCCUUCAACCGUAUGUAUAACCUGCUGGGCCACAUGCACCUACACGCCGGCAGCAAGCCCUUCAAGUGUCCCUACUGCUCCAGCAAGUUCAACUUGAAGGGUAACCUCAGUAGGCACAUGAAGGUCAAACAUGGAGUCAUGGACAUUGGCCUGGAUAGCCAAGAUCCCAUGAUGGAGCUGACAGGGGCAGAGCAUGCGGAACUAGAUGGUCCACAGGAGAUGGAAGACUACGAAGAGAAUUCUUAUGACUAUACUGGGGUGGAGAACGGCACUGAUGAUAAUGCACUGACUGAGCAGGCCAUGAAGGAAAUGGCCUACUACAAUGUAUUAUAGCUGUGAGUGAGGUGCCGGCUCCCCGAGGCACGCCCCCCGGAGAAGGGAGAGGCACGUGGGGGGAAGGGGGGAGAGAGAGUCUGAACUGAUGCUGUUCCAGAAAACAAGCUACUGUCCCACUGCUCUGAGCCCCCCCCCACUCCCCUGUAGCUCACUGAACCAUUAGGAAAAAUUAAUGUAGACCAAAAGAAGAUCUCGCCUGUGGGCCCCAGCUGUGAACGUGACUUUGAUUCCCAGUCUAUCUCAAUGAAGGAUGAAAAGUGGGAUUGGAAGGGGGGCAAAGGUGGGGUUUCCCUGGCUCUGGCCCCUUUCCCCUGGAUGAAGGGAAGAGACAGGAGGAACACCUUCAGAUCAGAGACAGUUGGGGGAGGGGGGAGACGGGACAGGGGUCCCCCAAGAAGAGCAGGGAGGACCGCUUCCCUGGCUUCCGGAGCCUCUCCCCCGUGACCUGCAUCUCCGGCCGAGUGAGGCCGAGGCAGCUAAAAAGCCGGCCGCUCAGGGCAGGGGCCGCUCGGGGAAGGUCUGCGCUCCGCCGCUCUCCGCUCAGGCUAUCUGAAUCCCCAAACACUGGAGGAGGAGGUCCUCUGAGCCACACGCCGGAUCUCUUCUCGGCCUCCCCCUGGGCCCGGGCUGGCCGGGCCGGGCAGUCCAGCGCCACCCCGCCUCGGUUCCAGGGCGCUGCUCUGGAGGAGGGCCUGGUGAGGGGAGCCGAGUCCCCUACCCUUUGGGCCCAGGGGCCUAUUCUCAUUUCCCCAAGUGCACUACAUGACUAAGGAGUUGACCCAGCCUCUCUGGACAACAGACUCUCCUCCCCGGCCCAGGGGGCGAGGUGGCGGCAGCCUCAGAGCACCACGACAUUCCUUGUAUUCUACCUCCUGGCUCCUCCCCGGGCCUGGUCCCGGGGAGCACAGCCCAUCCAGGCACAUUCAACAUGUAGAUUUCUACCUGCAGGAAAAUCAGACUGUAGGAAAGCGGAAUGUAUUCCUGGCCUUCCGAAGUAACUCCCUCUCCCGUGGGAUGCAUCAGCCUCUCCUAGCCGGCAUGCCUCUUGUCAGGUCCCUGUACUCCACGGCACUGCUUGGAACACCGCCAGGAGAAGGGGUUUUCAUACUGGUGCCCAUCAGGGGUUGUGGUUCUUGUUUGUGUAAAAGAAAAAAGUAAGAAAGAAAAGUGGCUCACGGCGGACAUGUGCCCCACCAUCUCGAGGCCCCCAAAGGCUCCUGGUAACUCGCACAAAGCAGAUUUGCCUUGUCAAGUUUGAAAAUCACUGACCUGGAGGAAGAGAAGUGGGAAUCCUGAGGGACGAGGGAGCAGGGGCCAUGCUUGGGGAAGCUCCUGGGUUGACAUGGGAAUGGGUGUCCUCAGGGGGGGAGGCCAAGGAAGACUUGUUUUUGUUUUUUGUUUUGUUUUUGUUUUUGAGGGGGCGGGGUGGGAAAUUUUAAAGUAUUUUCUUAUUCACAUGUCCUAGUUCUAAGGAUAGGGGCAGGCCGAAGUCGCAGAGCUGCCAAGGGAGAGCAACAUAUUUAAAAAGGAAAAUGAAGCCUGUACAAAAUAUUUGAGCAAAUGUGGGUAUUUUGAAAGUAAUUUAUUUUUUUUCCCUCUAUGUGCUGAUCUGUUGCAUUUUAUUCCCCCCCUCCCAACCCCCCAUCCCGAUGGAGAUUCUUUUCCCCUCACAAACUUAAUCGUUCUCACAUUACGUGUGUGUGACUUGUGAUGCCCAAACUAGAAGCAGGCUGUACUGGAUCUCAGGGCUCCAACAGGGACUGUUGGAGUGUGGUGGACCAAAGACAGAGAUUUGUUAUCGCUACCUAGAAAACAAAAACAAGCAGCCAGGGGAGGGGGUUUGGAAGAUGGGUGGAAGAGAAAAUGGAGAGGAAACAUCACAUUGGGGGAAAAUAAGAGACCCACAGCUUCUUCUGCCCAUGCUGGGCAAUGCUCCUGGGCCUUUUUGGAAAGCAUCCGAGGUUCAUCGCUCACUGCUCUGAUUUUUGCAGGCCUCCCUCCCUGAUGAACAAGCAGGUGGCAGUCCCGGUCCUACCUAGCUGCAAUACUCAUUCAUUUAUUCAUUUAACAGCUCCUGAACACUUUGAGCACCCCCUACUUAUUCUCGCUGUCCUAGCACUGGUUUUUUCCACCUGGGAAGAAGACCUUCAACCUUGCCCAUGCAAUGGAACCUGAGGUAGUGAAGCCAUGUUUGUAGGAGUGCAAAUGCUCUUAGCCUUCCCUGCUGAGCCUCUGAGGUCUCGAGAUCUUCCUAUAUGGUGGAGAAAAGGGGAAAAAGAACCCAAACCUACAAAAGGGUAGGGACGUUGUCUGGGGAAAGGGCUGGUGAGAUGUUUUGACAGGACACCUGUCAGAAGGCAGAAACAGAACACAAGUUCACAGGCAGCCUUGCAGAUAGCAAAAAAAACCCAUUGUAGCACAAAAAAGAAAAUAGCAUUUGGGGACAAGAGCUAACCAAAGUGAAAUAGAAACCCAGACCCUGCCCUCCCCUCUGAAUAUGAAUCUCUGUUCUUUAGACACAGAAUAGAUGGCGCUAGACAGUUACAUAAGGCUUACCUACGCUUACACAGGUAGCGAUGGGAAUAACCACUAACGGGCAUUAUGCGUUCUGCAAGGAGACGGUCAGCCAUUCACGACUUUGGUCCCAUUCCUAUCCUUGUGCAGACCAUUAGCUCUUCUUUCCCAGCUAGUUUUCUGCCAUGAUCAUGGGGCACUGCUAUACUCUGCCUGGAUCAGAGCGCCUCCUCCCCCUUGAACGUGCUCUUCGCAUGGUGAACUAAGUCUCAUCGGUUCCUAAGCCUGGCGUCGUUUUCAGCUCUGGUCCACCAGGCUCCCUCGUCCAGUUUCUAGCUACAUUCUGAGGGGGAGGAAGGCCCUUGGACCCCAGCCUCCAGUGUCCACUCUCACUUUCAGGUGGCAGAUGCCAGUCCCUGUGGAAGACUUUAUUCUGCUAAGCAGAAUGGUAUCCUUCCCCACAAACUACCUCUUCCCAUUUUGUCUUUAUCCCCUGGUACCAAAAAAAGCAUCCUAUCUCCUCCCUCUUCUCAGAAAUUCAGUGGCCUUGGCUUUAGAACUGGGAAACUGCUGAGAGAAAAGGCUGGAGUCCCCUUCCCUCAGGGGGAAGAUUGUUCUCCAAAGGGGACAGGGUGGAGAGAGGCAGAAUCUGCCCCGACCCUCACACAACCCUCCACCACCAAUGUUACUCCUUUCCUCCUUCCUCCCCUUCCUGCCCCCCUUGGUUCUUCUCCUGUACCCUCUCCGCUCCUUCCAACCAGCACUGGCCCCCUCUUCAUUGUACUUGAAAGCCACAGUGCUAGUGCCUUUCCUUCCUGCCAAUGAGACUGAGAAAGGCCAUAGCACAAUUCACAAUUUGGGGUGCAGUCUUGGAAAAUUCCCCCCUUCCCCAUCCCUUUUUCAAAAAUACACACAUACACACACACACACACACACACACAUACACACACUCAACACAAGGAAAAAAAGGCAUGCAGCCUCUCAGUGACUUUGGAAAAUUUCUGUAUGAAUCGCAUUUUAACUUAUUUUGAUGUGUACACAAAACAGUUUAGAAAUUCCACUUGUGCAAAGCCCUACUGUGUUUUUUAUGUUUUCUGUUUUAAAGAGUUGUUUACUUAGCAAUAAUUAUAAAUAAAUGAAUAUUCUUUAGACAA